GCGUUCAGUUCACAAUUGAACGCAACGGCGUGCGGACCUGCUGCGCUUGUUUUCUGUUUGUUGCUUGUGUAAAGUGAAGCGAGCGUCAUUUCUUUGCGUGUCUCUUUUGUACGUGUGUGAAUUUCAUUUUAGUGAUAUUAAAUUAACGCCAAGGAGCGACAAAAACAACAACAGCGUUAACAAUUAAAAUAACAAUAAAGUCUUAUGCAACUGGCGUUGUGAAUGUUAAAUGUUUGUCGCGCUCAAUUUAGUGCUCCAUUUCUUAGCGCGAAACCAGUUUGCAAUUGUUUAGUUAACUUGACAUUUGGCGCUGGUCAAAAGUGCAGCAAUUGCAGCCAAAACGCGAGUUCAAUAAACUCGAAGUGCCAGAAAGAGAGAUAACCUUACCAAAAAUUUGUGCAUUAAAAUUGAAUGCGAUUUUGAUAAGUGCGCGCCAACACAGCAGCAGCAGAAAGUUCAAGUGCAGGCGCUUUAAUUACCGUUCGAGCAAAGUGAGAGGGAGAAAGCAAUAUAUAAUUUUUCGACAACCACAUGUUGCUGGGCCGUUAGAGUCCGCACGGCAGAAUAAACCGUAUAACUCAAGUUAAACAAAACAGAGCAAACACACAGAGACAGAAAACGCAUGUGUGUAUGCGUGUGUAUGUGUAUGUAGAUAAAGCGAGUGCGAAUGACCUUGACUAGCGCACACAAACAGAGACAAGUGGAGUGAUAAAACAACAACAAUUUGUCAAAGUCUAAAGAGCAAUAACACAGAUCCCCCUUUAUACCACGCCCCUGCAUGGCAACCGGCGUUAUUCGCUGCAGCGUUGUCUCAUCCUCUGCCGGACGCCGCAACCUCUGCGACUCCCAGGCGCAACUGAACAUCGUCCAAACCAAAUCCAAGUCGUUCAGUUAUCUUAACAGCAGCAGCAACAGCAACAACACUAACAACACCAGUAGCAGCAGCUGUGCCUGCGUGCGUUGCCAUAUCGCGCACACCAGCUACUGCAAGGACACGUGGCCCGUGGAGCACAAGCAUCAGCCGUUGAGCGCCGUCUCUUUGGGUACGCUAAGCGCCAAAGAGUCGCCCCUAUUUGCACGUCGUCAGCUGGCAUUCCAAUUGGAUGCGCAGCAGCCUUCAGACCAGUUGGAACCGCAGCAGCAGCAGCAGCAGCAGCUGAGCUGCUCCCACUAUCCAUUGCGCAGCGCGACGCCAGCGUACGCGUCACGAAAGCCACAAAUCGAUCUCAGCGCCGUCGAGGCGCUUAACAUAGCGGAUAUGCCUGCGGCACGCAUCAACAACAUGGAUAUCAAUCGGAAUAACGGCUAUCUGUAUAAUGGGGUGAGUACAGCACAAAAUCUGUUCUGUUCUUUUGUUGGCGCUUUUAAUUGCGAGGGCAGCCCAAGCAGACAUUGUACAAUGUUUUUCGUUGCUUAUAUUCUAAUUGGAAUUAAGUCGCCUGGCGCCAUCUUCUUCAAGCGAAGUGUGACCAACUUGACUUUAUGA